AUGGCAUUACUUGAAAGUUCUUGUCCCAACUUGGAACUUGUUACUCGUGGAAAAGUUCGAGAUUUGUAUCGUGUAGACGAAAACACUUUAUUAUUUGUAGCAACAGACAGAAUAAGCGCGUUUGAUGGCAUCCCAGGGAAAGGAAAAUUAUUAACACAAUUAAGCGUUUUUUGGUUUAAUUAUUUAAAGGAUAUGUUACCAAAUCAUGUUAUUACUACUGAAAUUGAUCAAAUGCCAGAAAAAGUACAAAAAUAUCGGGUUCAGCUCGAACAUCGAUGUUUGCUUGUUAGAAAUUUAAAAGUUUUUCCCGUGGAAGCUAUCGUUCGUGGAUACAUCACCGGUUCCGCAUGGGCUGAAUAUAAAAAGAACGGAACAGUUUGUGAUAUUACUUUGCCUGAAGGAUUAAAGGAGAGCCAACAAUUUGAGUUGCCUUUAUAUACUCCUAGCACUAAAGCUGAAAUUGGACAACACGAUGAGAAUAUUCAUCCUAACAAAGUCCCCGAAAUUAUUGGAGUAAAGUAUGCACAACAAAUUUCAGAAUUUUCAGUGAAAUUAUAUACAAAGGCAAAAGAAUAUGCCUUGCGUAAAGGAAUAAUUAUAGCAGACACAAAAUUUGAAUUUGGUAGAGACGAAGCGGGAAUUCUUUAUCUUGUUGAUGAAGUAUUAACUCCGGAUUCGUCAAGAUUUUGGCUUGUUUCAAAUUAUGAAGUUGGAAGAUGCCAAGACAGUUUUGAUAAACAAUAUUUAAGAAAUUAUUUAUUAAGUAUUGGAUUUGAUAAAAAAACUGGUAUCGAAUUACCCAGCGAUAUAGUUAAAAAAACGAUGGAAAGGUAUAUUGAGGCUUAUAAAUUAUUAACUGAUUCGGAUCCAACUUUUCUGUAA